AUGGGCGUGGAGAAGAACGCCCCACAUGUGGCGCUCAAACUGAGUGACGUUUUUGCCUCAGAAAAGAAACCCGCCCAAGCCUACCUGCAGCACCAACAAAGCAAAAAACCAAAUAAUGAAGAAUCCAUAGAAAAGUCGAAAAACAUACUGAACAAGUACAGAGUGACGAAAUUGAACAAUGGAGAGCUUAACAACAUCUAUGUAAAAAAUGAAUUCUUCAAAGAUAGAGCAAGGGUGAAUGGAAUGGGGAAACCAAAUAGGGCGGUAAAAACUUCCCCCAAAGGAGGCGAUGAUUACACGAAUGGGGAUGAAGAAGAUACCAAGGAAGGAAUUGACAGUUCGUUUAAAUUUGAUAGGAGAAAAAUUCACAAACAAAGCAACUUGCUUAUGUCCACUGGGACCAUCGGACUAGUUGUGCACAACGGAAUAAUGUGCUUGUCGAUGAAGGGGCAACAGUGUUUCGUCAUCACAAGUGCCAAAAACGCAUUUUAUGUCCUGGAUCCACAUAAACUUAGGAAGGCCUACGCAUCCGAGCACUACCCAGAAGACAUACAAAAUCUGUACUGCGCAAAUGGGUACGUCUAUGUGAUUUUCAGAAAAAAAGUUUACAAGGUGAAUGAGUCAGGUGGGAAAAAAAUCUUCUCCUUGGAGGAUGACGUGCAUACAAUUGUAAAUAUUCUAACUGUGUAUGAUUACCUGCUAACGUAUAGCAAAAAGGAGAUAGUCAUAUGGAACGACGUGCACAAGGAGGGAUGCGAUGACGACGGUUUUGUUAGCGACUCCUGCAGUGAAACAGGGCAGGGAGAAGACGCAUCUUAUCAGGAGAAAGCAGAGAAGGAGGGAGAAGAAGCUCCCGUCCCGGGGGAUACAACCAUGAGUGGCUGCCCAAACGGGAAGAAACAUCUUUUCAAAAGGAUCCUCCUAUUUGACGACCACUCCGAUGUCGAAAUACGCUCCGUCAUCCACCCCCCAGGGUACAUAAACAAAGUGAUCAUCCUAACGAGUGAAAAUAAAAUAUACCUGUACAACAUAAACAAGGAGAAAAUAAUCCACGAGUAUAGUGCUCUCCGGAGCGUGACCUUAGGAAGCGAAAAAAACGUAAAAAUUAUGACCCUAACCACGAAGAAGGAUCAAUUAUGCAUUGUAACGUCAACCAAUGAGCUUUACAUAGUGGACAUGGAGAGAGACGAACUGGUGUACUCAAAGAAUGUACACAUGAAUGAGGACAAAAUUACUUGUGUGCAGUUCUACGAUUAUACUUGUAAUAGUGAAAGCAUGUCAGUCAUUUUGGUAGGCACCGAGUUAGGGAAAAUUAUUAUGAUCGAUUUGAAUAGCAGUAACUAUUUCAUUUUACGAGAUGCUCACGAUUGUGUGAAAGCCAUAUUGAUACCUCCGCAAGGGGGGUACCUAUUUACAGUAGGACAAAGCGACAACAAGAUUAAUCUGCUCAACUUGCAUAAGUCCACAUUCACCUUGGAUGUUAUGAAGAGGAGGAACAGUUGCGUUGGAUUCAUCAAUAAUGUAAAAUAUUUGGAUGACGAAAAAUUUAAAAUUGUGGUUUCUGCAAAUGAGGCAAAUAAACGGGAAGGAAAUCUCUACAUCAUAAACCCACAUUGCCCUGAACAGAAUAAAGACUUUUCAUGGAACAAAAAAAUUAACCUCAUAGAUAGGACCAUUAUCGAUUUUGAUAUUAAUCCUAAUAGGCACUACGAUUGGAAUAAUAUGCUCGUAUGUGUGAGGGACUGUCCACGUGUUUACUUGGCCUCCUCCUACAAGAAGAUUAUAGAAAAUGUAUUUUUGUCCCUUCCUGGUGAUGUUAUCAGUGGGAAUUCCAAAGAGCGCAUGAUGAGGGGAGGGGGAAAGGGGGCAUCAAAGAGAAGAGGCCAAGGAGUGGACACACAGGCACACAAUGACCCCAAUGGAGUGAAGGAAGGCCUCUUCCAAUGGAUCCAUAAUCUGUCCAAGCAUGCGCAGGAAGGUCCCAGCGAAUUCAAAGAAGAAGAGUACAAAAUAUAUGACCACUACAACGAAAAUGGAGACUUCGAAAACGAUCAAGGAGAAAUGGGAAAGAGAAGGAAAAGCGCAACGAGUGUGUUGAUAUCUACGUGUGGACAUAUUGGUAUUGUGGGUUAUAACGAUGGGGAAAUUCAUUCCUUCAAUAUGCAAUCGGCAACUUACAGAAAUGAGUACAAGGUGAAUAAGUACUCUUUCAAAUCUAAGGCGCAUCUAAAUGGAGAUAUUUUAAAGCUUUACCGGUACGGCAUAAGCAAUUUCGUGUCCGCUUCAAACAGCAAGGAAGAUCUUUACUUAAGGGUCUGGAACAUAUACACAAGUGAAUUAAUAUACUCCUACUGUAUCAAAAAGGAGUACCUAAAUAGUCCUCAGUAUAAAAGUAAUCACAACGAUUGUGAUGUUUCCAUAGCGUCCUUCUACCAUUUUAACAUGCUCACUGUGGUGUGCCUUUCGAAUAACCACACAAUAGUCCUAGAUAUUGAACAGAAAUCAAUAACCAGAAGGUUCGAUUUCGCCUAUGCAGUUACCAAUGCUACUUUCAGUGCAGACAACAGAUUAAUUCUAUUCGCUCUAAAAAAUAAUACUAUACUAGUGUACGAAAUUAUAUCCAACACCUUUAUUGAUUAUUUGUUGUUCAAAAGUGAAAUCACUUCCAUGGUGUAUAAUGACGUUUAUUUGUACACGGCACACAGAGCUGUGGAAAAUUAUCUUUACUCCUUUACUAAUAAAAAUCUCUUCAACAGUAACAACUUCGUGGUUAAUGAUUAUCGCUCCUUUGAUGCCAUCCUGAUGGAGGAGUUGUCUGAUGGGGAAAGCACACUCACGUAUCCCGAACCGACUGUGGCGGAACUCAUUGGGAUGAAUUGCGACGUGGAUGAUGAAUACCUGAAUGGCAGCGCUACUCUAGCAGGGGACUCCUCUACCAAGACCCACUCAGAGACAAACCAUAAGGGAACGCUCAAAUCGGCGCAGUUAAUCGAACCAUACAAAUCCAGCGAAAAACAAAUCAACAAAAAUCUUCUCACCAUGUCUGGAUUUACCAUGUCCAAGAUUGCUUAUAUUAUCUUCUUAGAUAAAAUAAAAGAAAAUUGCAGGGUACAAGAGAGCGUAAAAAAAAAUGAACAAAUCCCCUUUUUCCUCAGCGCACAAAUGGACAAAAAUAUAGAAUACGCAGAAGGGAAGGAACUGGAGUUUUUGCAAAAUAUCACCAAGGACAAGGCCGACGCGGAGGAGGAGGAAACUGCGGAGCGGGACGAAGUGGUUGAUGAAGUGGAGGGCGAAGUUGCUGACGAAGUAGUUGAAGAAGUGGGGGACGAAGUCGGAGACAAAGUUGACGACACAGUGGCUGACGAAGUGGAGGAUACAGGGGAUAACCAGGUGGACAGCCCUGGCGACGGCCACGCAAAAACCAAAGGCAAACCCCGAAAAACGAAAAACAACAAAAACAGACAUAUCACCAAGGUGGAUAAAAUUGAAAUGCCCAUGUCCAAGCUGCAGGAACUGCUAGCCCAAAAUGAGGACUCCUACAUAAACGUCUUGAAGUACUUGAUGGGACUCUCCCCGUCCGGGGUGCACUUCAACAUCCUCUGUUUGAGCUCCAAGGACGAGCUGGAAAACAUGAUGAACUUCUUUAUUUAUCAUGUCAAGACGAACGACAACAUCGACCUGAUUCAAGCAUACAUUUUCAUAUUUUUAAAAGCACACGGCAAAAAGCUGCUCAAAAUGAAAGACAAAAAACUUAGGAACACUACAGAGGUGCUGCUGCAAGAAAUACAAGCGAGCUGGUCGAAUAUCAAUUUCUUAUUUGAAAGCGUUAUUUUUUUUAUCAAGUUUUUAACAAAUAUACAGCUGGAGUGA